UUAACAGUGUCGAAGUACAUCCUCCUAUGAUCGGACGGACCUUGUGAUGGGAUUUGUGGCGGUACCAAUUUGUGUCGCUCUCAUUUCGACCCUCCUUCACUUAUCAGCAUCCAAAAGUUCGCCACCACACAUCGUCUUCAUCCUGGCCGACGACCUUGGAUGGAACGACGUGAGUUUCCACGGGUCGGAUCAGAUUCCGACGCCCAACAUUGACGCCUUGGCUUACAAUGGCGUUAUCCUCAACAGCCACUACUCACUGCCACUCUGCACGCCGUCAAGGGCUGGGCUUCUCACGGGAAAGUACCCCAUACACAACGGCAUGCAGCAGAACCUAAUCCUGGAGCCGGAACCCUGGGGUCUGCCCCUUUCGGAGAUCCUGUUGCCCCAGUAUCUGUCGGGUCUCGGCUACAAGAGUCACGCAGUGGGAAAGUGGCACCUGGGGUUCUACAAGAAGGCCUACACGCCUACAGCCCGUGGAUUUUCCUCUCACUUCGGCUUCUGGAACGGAUACCAGGACUACUACUCGCACACGGUACAGGCAUCGUUUCUUCCGUACGAAGGAUAUGACAUGCGGCGCGACCUCGAGGUGGCACAAGACGCAAGGGGUCACUAUUCCACUGACCUCUUCACAGACGAAGCCGUGUCAAUCAUCAACCGACACGAUCCUACAAACAGCUCACUGUUCCUCUACUUAGCUCACCUGGCACCACACGACCCAAACAGGAGAAAAUACGCAGCUAUGAUAUGGAAGAUGGACGAGUCGGUGGGCAGGGUCAUGCAGGCACUGAAAGACAAACAAGUGCUGGACAGAACGAUUGUAAUAUUCGUGUCUGAUAACGGCGCGCCUACCACAGGAAUUCAUCCCAAUCACGGCUCCAACUGGCCGCUCAGAGGGGUGAGAAGAAAUGAGUUUCUCCAGA